AUGGCGCAACACCAGGACAAUGCUGUCCAGAACAUUCGCGAGUAUGUAACAGAAGUACGAGAAAUACAAGAAGGUGCAAUGGACUUUGACGAGUCAAACACUGAGGCGCGUCUGGAGCAGACCGUAAAAGAGCUUCAGGCACGCGUCCAAGAACAACAAGCUGCACUGGAGAAGUCCAACAUCGACCUUGAAGAUGCCGCGUAUGCGUCAGAAGACCCUCGACAAAAAUUACAACAACUCCGGGCUGUCAAGAAUGCUUAUAUGAAUCUCAAAUCGACAGCAACAUUCCUUCCAUCUCAAGGAUCAGUGCUUCCAGCAUUGUUAGCUGCAAGAUCUCUCCAGCAGAAUGUCCAAGGAACCAAAGAAGCAAUCACCGGCACCCAAGCACAAGUCACCAAAGCAGAAACAUCUCUACGCCGCACAGAAGCUAAUCUCCAUGAUGCCAAUCUCCUCACUGCAGCCAUGGAGAACCGCAUCGAGCGUCUUCGCACUCAGCACGAAGACCGCUCGCAGAAGACGCCCGCCCAGUUAGCCAGAGAAUUAAUCGCAGCCAAGCGCGCUCAGAAAGACAAUUACGACGCUGAAAUGCAGCGGUUGGGUCAGGCUAUGAACGACUUCAUCAACGACUACCUCUCCGCCAUGAUUGCAGCCGAAGAGCUCGGCGGCCCUGUCGUAGGCGAUAUGCUCGACGUUGAAGACGACACGCUCGCAGCCGGUUUCACGAAAAAGGGGCGCGCAAAGUCAAGCAAGAAGCCUGUGUCUGAUAAGACUCGCCAGCGCAGGAUCGAUCAGAUCUGGGGCAACAAGACUGCUGUUGCGGACGAUGAAGAAGAGGAACCACCGACAGAGGCCGAAGCUGCCGAUGCUGAGAUGCGCAAGCUGAUUGAGAAUCUGUUUGCUUCGCUGGUUGGACCGGGUGGUGGGAAAGCGUAUUUCCAACUUGAGAGAGAUUCGGCUGCAUCGAGGUUCUUGGUUAGGGCAAAGGUUGCGCAGUUUCAUCCUAAGGAUGCACGAAAGCUGCGGUUGAUUGACUUUGGGAGAGAAUUGGAUGAUUGA